CUAGGCGCGGCAUCUGUAGGAUGCUUGGAAAUAUGUUGCGGUCCCUAAGCAUCUAAUACGCAGAAACAAACAGUCAAAGGUCGCGAACGUGAUCAGUCACAGACUGGGUCAAAUCAAAUCGCUUUCAUGCCAUCCAUGAAGCUCUUGCGUUUGUCCAACCGAGGCAGAUACUGUCUACGAGAACGGAGCGUCGGGUCCCUCCUGUGAUCCAGCGCAGCACGAGACACGAUCUGUUGUCGACGAGUUCGCUGCCUCGCGUUGGUAUCACAUGCGCGCACUGCUUACACCCGUCUGGGUUCGGAUCGAAGAGUUCCCAAGCACGAGGACGAUGGUUUAUGGCUUGUCACAAGCGGCAGAACGUGAGUUGUCCGAACAAUCCCCAGCCCUUCUUCCUCUACGUCUCCGCAGAACUCAAUCGCGCACACGAAGCUGGCGCGGUCCAACAGGACAUUAGGGCAGGGAAUGCGCUGUUGAUCGAGAAUUGUCUCGAGCCCGAGAGGCUCGUUGGUUUUGUCGUCGACUGUGACUACGCUGCGCUGAGUGAAGAGGCGCUGAGAGUUCUGAGGGAUGUCGUCAAGCCGAGGCCGCACCGACACUUCCUGGAUCAGGACAGGCGAACGAAGGGCAGCACGGGUACCCCCUCUUUCAUGGCAUUAGCGAUGCUUCAGAAAAAUCCGACCGCAAAGCACGCGCUGGGUCACGAUCUCGAGUCGCUGUACUGGCUGCUCAUCUGGCUUUGCUUGCGACACACGGAACAUCGGCUUGGCCCUCGGCGCUUCUCUGGGUUAUUCAAUACCGUGUGUCUAUUUGUCAUGAGGUCAUCAUCCCUCUUUCGCGAGGAAGAUUACGCCCCAAGUGGCUCCCCUUGGUGGUCGUUGACAAGUGAUUUUCAAGACCUCGUCAUGGCUCAGAAUCUCUCUGGUAAACCGCCGACUGCACUCAAACCCUCCAUUCUACCUGGACCGAGACACAUCUUGUAUUCAGAUGUGCAGUCUCUCUUCGAUCAAGCCCUUGCUCUCAAAACCUGGCCCGUGGGUGGCCGCGCCCCUCCGUGCAAGCUGCCGAACGAUGGAGACAAGAGGGCGGAACUUGACUUGAUAAACGACAGGAGGGGAUGACGGUUGCGCUGCAAACACUCCGUCGAAUGUCGUCCCGGAUUAUCGCUAUGAGGAUUCGGUUUUCACGAACUAAAUCGUUCCGAAUGCUACAGCAGGUCCAAAUAUAAUGAACACUGCAAAGAUGACAGGUGCGGCGAUGUCGUCCAGGAUGACCGGAGCGCGAGUGCGCCGGCGGAAGAAUCUUUCAUCACCAACUGGAUGGCGAAAGAAUGAAACACUGCGUCAACGUCUGCCAGCGAUUCGAUGGCCGCAGCAUCCCUCAAGUGCUCUCAUGAAUUGGAAGCUGCGUCUGAGGGAGGUUUCCAUCGCUUCCCAGUGAAAAACCCGCUUCCGUCCACCGCAUAUGAAUCCAAGUAAUUUUCAUCAGUUCUCUCGAAUCGCAUGUGUUUCCGAAUGUAGCGCGCGCCUCAAUAACCCGCGCUCUUUCUCUUUCGACUCGUCAGAACAUGCCUCAUAGCGUGAGUAAUCACAGGAAUAUCCUCUCUCUUGUCACCCCUCGGAGUCAGUUCAGAGAGAAGAGUUAACCAACGAGAUCUUAGAUAAAAAAACCUCGAGUAUUACAUUUUGUCUUCUUGGAAACGACAUACUCGCUCGCUUAGUAAAUCAGGCAAGAUGGAUGGGUGGAUGGGAGCCUCGGCCAAUCUG